UGACAUUGAACAAUCAUUUACCAAUUAAGUUUCCUAACCUCAAACCCAGAGGACCGGGUGGAAAAGCACUUUUGGCUGCAGAAAGAGAAAAAACGAGUUUUAAUGUUGAACAUCUCUCCAAGUUUAUGUAUACUGAAGAAUGGCUUAAUAAAAUGAACCGUAUCUUACAGGUCAUUGAAAAAGAACCUGCUUUUGACAAAUCAACUCGCUAUUUCCAAAGUCGUAAAGAGAAAGUCUCGACUGGUCUACAGAAAGAUAAACGAUUAGCUGAACUUGUCAGAGAGCACCAUUGGACUGAAGAAGAGGCUCAGAUUGCAAACUUUUUGUAUGAUCAAUCUACACCUUUUUCUCUUCAUUACAAUAUGUUUAUUCCUACCUUAAAAGACCAAACGACACCAGAACAAAAGGAAUUAUUUCUUGAACCUGCAUUAAGGAACGAAAUCAUUGGUUGCUAUGCUCAGACAGAGUUGGGUCAUGGUUCCAAUGUACAAGGCUUGGAGACAACUGCUACUUAUCUUCCUGAAACAAACGAAUUCGAAAUCCAUUCUCCCACAUUGACUGCUUCUAAAUGGUGGAUUGGUGGCCUAGGAAAAGCAGCUAAUCAUGCUAUUGUUAUGGCACGCCUUAUAACAGACGGAAAAGAUCUUGGACCACAUCCUUUCUGUGUUCAAAUCCGUAGUUUGAAGGACCAUCGACCUUUGCCUGGUAUUACUGUAGGUGAUGUUGGACCCAAAUUUGGUUUCAAUGCUACUGAUAAUGGCUUCAUCAUGUUUGAUCGUUAUCGUGUACCUCAUAUUGCUUUCUUGGCCAAGUACUCUCAAGUUCAACCUGGUACCGGUGCUUAUAGUAAACCCCCUAAUGCUAAACUUUCUUACGGUACGAUGGUGUUUGUACGUGCCAAUAUUGUGAUGGGUGUUCGAUACGCUCUUGCAAGAGCUACUACAAUUGCUGUGCGUUAUUCUACUAUACGCCAACAGUUUUUUGAUGCUGCUAAUCCCAAGAAGUGGGACAGCAAGGUGAUUGAGACGCCAGUUCUCGAUUAUUCCAUGCAACAAUACCGUCUACUGCCUAUUGUGGCUACUGCCUAUGCUUGUUUCUUUACAGGUCGAGAAAUGUUGCACCUUUAUGAUUUAAAUCAAAAGGCCAUGCAGCAAGGAAAUUUUGGGCUUUUGGCUGAUCUUCAUGCUAGUUCUUCAGGUCUCAAGAGUUUAACAACAACCAUGGCCGUUGAAGCCAUCGAGGAUUGCAGGCGCGCAUGUGGUGGGCACGGCUACAGUAUGUUUUCUGGUCUAGGCAUGUUUUACCAAGACUAUUUACCCAAUGUCACAUGGGAAGGCGAUAACUACAUCUUGACGCAACAAACAGCCCGUUACUUGCUCAAGACAUUCCGAAAUGUCGUUGCAGGCAAAGCAGAACCUUCUGAAUACAACCCUACCAUCACUUAUUUAACACACUAUCUUCAAAACCCCCAUGCUAAGUGCCCCGCUUUAUCUGCUCGAGAUUUCCUUCAUCCCGAAUUGAUCUUGUCUGCUUUCGGUUUCCGCGCUGCUUAUGGUAUUGCUCAGGUAGCUGAACAGAUGGAUCGUCAUGGCCGUUCCUGGAACUCCAUGUUGGUUGAGAUCAGCCGUAUCUCUAAGGCACAUUGCCAGUUUAUUUUGGUGCGUAACUUUUUAGUGACACUUCAGAACGAUCAUGCGCUCACACUGUCUGAGCACAAACCCAUGCUUCAAGUACUCAAGGCACUGGCUUCUCUGUUUAGCUUACAUACCAUGGAGAAGGAACUCUCAAACUUUUUAUUAUCAGGCUAUGUAUCAGCUCAACAGAGUGUAAUGUUGAAAGAACAAGUGAUUGAUUUAUUGGAUCAAGUGCGUCCUAAUGCGGUAGGUCUUGUGGAUGCUUUUGCAUUACCUGACUAUUACUUGCAUUCUGCUUUGGGCCGCUAUGAUGGUCGAGUUUAUGAGGCAAUGACCAAGAUGGCAGAAGACGAGCCAUUAAAUCAUACACUUGUGGUAGAUGGCUACGAAGAAAACAUCAAGCCUUUUGUUCACAAGCAGUUCAAGAACAAAAUACAACAUGUUGAAAUUGCUUCUAAAUUUUGAAUGUCUAUUUCAAAUAAACAAUGAACGUCUUUUUUUUUUCUUUAGAGUACGUAGGCCUAUUAGUUAUUUUUACUGAUCUAUGUUUUAAUUUGAGAGAGAAAAAAAACUGAAAAGCAUUGAUGAGACUUGAAAAAAUACCUUGCAAAAGCUAUCGUCUUUUUUUUUCUCAGAAAUCAACGGCAACAUAAUAUCCGAGAGAAGAUGCAUAUUUAUGAUUCGAG